UUGUCGGAAGAGAGAAGACUUUCGUGGAUUAUAUCGUUUGCUACCUCCGAUUGAAACACACACAAAUUAGGGUUUCAUUUUCAGAUUGUUUGUGUUCAUUAGAAUAUCAAAAUCAAAGAAAAAAUAAUAAUAAUGGGAAAGUUUUGUUGCUUCACUUCCGAUUCCGAGGUUAUGGGAGGACAAUCAUCCUCAAGAUCAGGUAAAGGAAGAAGUGAUGAAGGGUUGAUCAAGUUUGGUUUUAGUCUAGUGAAAGGCAAAGCUAACCAUCCUAUGGAGGAUUAUCAUGUUGCUAACUUCAUCAACAUCCAAGACCAUGAACUUGGGCUCUUUGCAAUUUAUGAUGGUCAUAUGGGUGAUACUGUCCCUGCUUACUUGCAGAAACACCUCUUCUCCAACAUCUUAAAGGAGGGAGAGUUUUGGGUGGAUCCUAGAAGGUCUAUAUUAAAAGCUUAUGAGAAGACAGACCAGGCUAUUCUCUCAAAUAGUUCUGACUUGGGUCGUGGUGGGUCUACAGCUGUUACUGCUAUAUUGAUUAAUGGGAGAAAGUUGUGGAUAGCUAAUGUUGGUGAUUCACGAGCUGUUCUUUCUCAAAGAGGUGCGAUAACGCAGAUGAGCACAGAUCAUGAGCCUCGUGCUGAAAGGUCGAGUAUUGAGGAUAGAGGUGGAUUUGUAUCCAAUCUACCAGGUGAUGUUCCUCGGGUGAAUGGUCAGUUAGCAGUGUCACGUGCCUUUGGAGACAAGGGACUUAAGACACAUUUGAGUUCAGAGCCUGACAUUACAGUUUCUAAUGUUGAUAGCCAGACAGAUAUUCUUGUCCUGGCCAGUGAUGGCAUUUGGAAGGUGAUGACAAAUGAAGAGGCAAUGGAGAUAGCUAAAAGGGUGAAAGAUCCACAGAAGGCAGCCAAGGAGCUAACAGCUGAAGCAUUGAGAAGAGAGAGUAAAGAUGACAUAUCUUGUGUCGUGGUCCGGUUCAGAUGACAAACUGUAGAUGGUAAAAAGGGAGAUGGUUCGUUAUUAAAUAUAAUAAAACCCUGCAAGUUUCAAUCAAGAUUCAUUAGGACACAAUGCUUGUUUCACUGGAUUUAGACUCUGGUGAUUGUGGUUCGGUUUGAACCGGUCUAAAGUUUCGACUUCUGACAGCUUCUUGUGGCUAUCUAUAGAUUAUGUGCGUUCGUUGUGUAAAUUGUGUGUUUUAAGAAGACAGAACAAAGGAAGAGUUGGUGGGUGGUUCUUGGUGACUGGUGGGGAUUGUCUUAUUAUUAUUGGUUGAUUUGUUAUAUAAAUCUUCGGGAUAUACAAUAGUAUUGAUUAUUAUUUAAAUAUGUAAAAGUACUUUCUAUUAGGUCUGCAUAUGUUGAAACAUAUAUUUGCUCUUUUGUAUCAGAUUUGCAUUGCUAAACAAAUUUAAAAAUUGUUAUCCUCA